AUGGCCAAUAUCGACUCGGACGAAGAGGAGGAGCGCAAGGCGCUCAUUGCGCCCGACGAGCGGAAGUUCGACGAGGACAAGCCGUACCGCCCGACCGACGAGGAGGACAACGCGGAGCUGGAGGUACCGCCCCGGUCACGGCGGCGCCUCACCUGGAUCGUGCUCCUGUUCUCGCUGCUGCUUAUCAGCGCAGCCAUUCCUAUACGACGGCUACUGAGCAGCGGCGGCAGUACAUCGACUGUAGCGACGGUGGGUUUGCUGUAUAGCAACGGCACACAUGAGUUCAAGAAGAGUGCACUCAUCGUGUCGAUUGACGGCCUCCGGGCGGAUUACCUGGACAGAGGGCUGACGCCACAUUUGUUGGCUAUUAGCAAGGACGGGCUGCGCGCGAAGUCCAUGAAGCCUGUAUUCCCGACUCUAACGUUCCCCAACCACUGGGCAUUAAUGACUGGGCUGUACGCGGAGUCCCAUGGUAUCGUCGCAAACAACUUCUGGGAUCCCUCAACAGGCCGCGAGUUCCACUACAACAGAAUAGACUCUUCUUGGAACUCCUCUUGGUGGUUUGGCGAGCCCAUGUGGGAAACCGCCGAGCGCGCCGGUGUGGUAACCGCCAACCUCAUGUGGCCGGGCCCCCCAGAAACGCGCAUGGGAACAUCUCCGACUUACUUCGUGCCUUGGAAGGACAAAGUUUCUCUGGGCACGAAGCUCGACCAGAUUCUCUCCUGGAUCGAUUUGCCACUUGAGAAACGUCCGCAGUUUAUCAUGGCGUAUGAACCGUCCCUUGACCAAGCCGGUCACCUCGCAGGUCCAAAGUCUUCCCUCGUCAACAAAGUCUUGAAGCAAGUGGACGUAUUCGCACGGGACCUGCAUGACGCCAUUGAGGCUCGCAAUCUUACCGACAUCUUUGACAUCGUGUUUGUCAGUGACCAUGGGAUGACUGACAUGAGCCACCCGGAACUUGUCUACGUCGAUGACAUACUUGGCGAAGGAUUCGAGCGAAUCGAACACGAGGACGGCUGGCCUGCAAUGGGACUGCGGUUCCAAUCGAAGGCGGAUGAGGCGCGCUAUCUGGCGGUACUCCUUGAGGCGGCAGCCGCGAGCGGCGGCAAGUUCGACGUCUAUACGCACGACACGAUGCCCCAGCGCUGGCACUUCGCACACAACGAGCGCAUCGCGCCGAUCUACGUCGUCCCGCGCAUGGGCUAUGCGCUCACAAAUCGCAUCGAGAACGGUGCAGGCAUGUCCAAGGGGAACCACGGGUACGACAAUGACUACGCCUCCAUGCAUGCGAUGUUCGUCGCGCACGGGCCCUUCUCGUCCGUCGUGAAGGCGAUCGAAGCCGAGCGCGCGAAGUCGCCUGUGCGCCGCCUCGCCGCGCUGUCCGGCCGCGCUGAGGGCGCGGGCUGGCACUCGGUCGUGGGCGACGCAUACGUGAUGGAGACGUUCGAGAACGUGCAGAUCUACAACCUCAUGAUGAAGCUGCUCGGCAUCGAGGAGUACGCUGCGCCGACAAACGGCACCGCGGGCUUCUGGGACAAGUAUUUCUGA